CAAAACGCAACCUCCCUUCUCCAUAACUUGGGUUGGGUGCGCGUGCCCAUCCUGUCGCCCCACUCCUCGGCCAUCCGCUGCCGGCCUUGCCGAGCUCUUGUACCGGCAACUGCGAGCUUGCAUCUUCCCCUGCGAAAAUAGAUAUCCCUCAAGGAGUACCACCCCACUCCAUCUCUAAGGCCCCGGAAUAAUAAUGGAUGAUAGGAUGGAAGAGCAACUUCUUCCUGCAGAAGGUGAAGGGGAUAUAGGAAGCGAUACAAAAGGGAAAAUUUGGAGAGAAUCCAAAAAGAUGUGGAGGAUUGCAUUUCCUUCUAUGGUAGCAAGAGUGAGUUCCUUUGGAACUUUGGUGGUUACCCAGUCAUUUAUGGGACAUAUCAGUGAACUUGAUCUAGCUGCCUAUGCGCUCAUGCAGACCAUUGGCGUCCGCUUUGUCAAUGGCAUAUUGCUGGGGAUGUCAAGUGCCACUGAAACUCUUUGUGGGCAAGCAUUUGGAGCAGGGCAAUGCCACAUGAUGGGCAUCUACCUGCAAAGAUCAUGGGUUGUUGACUUAGUAACUGCUACAAUCUUGGUCCCUGCUUUUGUCUUUGCAAAGCCCAUCUUCAGGAUUUUAGGACAGGAAGAAGACAUUGCAAGAGUAGCAGGACAGAUCUCUCUGUGGUUCAUUCCUUUUUUAUACUGCCUUGUAUUUUCCUUGACCAUCCGAAUGUACUUGCAAGCACAGCUGAAGAACAUGGUUAUUGGGUGGCUAUCUGCUCUCUCAUUUGUUCUUCAUUUGCUGCUGUCUUGGAUUUUUGUUGAGAAAUUGAACUUGGGAAUGCCGGGUGCAAUGGGUGCACUGAAUAUAUCUUCUUGGUCAGUGGUCAUUGGAGAGUUCAUCUACAUUUUUGGGGGUUGGUGCCCUCAUACAUGGAAAGGAUUCACAAGAGAUGCAUUCAGUGAUAUGUUACCCGUGGUAAAGCUAUCUGUAUCCUCUGGGGUCAUGCUCUGCUUAGAGUUAUGGUACAAUGCUGUUCUAGUCUUAAUUGCUGGCUACAUGAAACAUGCUGAGACUGCCAUAUCUGCAUUCUCCAUUUGCCUAAAUAUCAGUACGUGGGAAUUUAUGAUAUUCUUCGGCUUCCUUGGUGCAGCAAGCGUACGAGUUUCAAAUGAACUGGGGAGAGGAAAUGCCUAUGCAGCAAAGUUUUCCAUCAAAGUCAUUUUAAGUACCUCAGUUUGCUUAGGGGUGAUCUUUUGGAUUUUGUGUUUAGCCUUCCGUCAUGAGAUCUCACAUUUGUUCACAAGCAAUGAGGAAAUUGCAAAAUAUGUUUCCAGCCUCUCUGUUCUACUAGCUUUCUCAAUGUUGCUCAAUAGUGUUCAACCAAUACUCACAGGGGUGGCAAUAGGUGCUGGUCUGCAGGGUGUAGUUGCAAUUGUAAACAUUUGUUCAUACUAUGUGGUUGGAGUUCCCCUUGGAGUUUUAUUAGGUUAUGUGGCCCAUCUUCAAAUUACUGGCCUGUGGAUUGGAAUGUUGUGCGGUGUGGCAAUACAGUCCUCGACGCUAAUCAUCCUCGUAUGGAGAACAAACUGGGAAUACCAGGUUAGCAAGGCAUUGGAACGUCUGAACAAGUGGUUUAUAAAGCCCUCGGAGGAUACUGACCAAAAUCCUGUUCAAUUUCAUAACAAUAAAUAGAUAGCAGCUUACUUUAUUUUCAUUUUUAAGACAUAAGCAAAUGGCUUAAGUCACAAUCUUUGGUUAACGUAGCAUAGCACGAGCAACUUGGGGAACCCGGGGCCGGCAGGUGGUGGUGGCAUCCUUAGAGACCAUACAGGUUCUUUUGUUUUUGAUUUUUCAAAAUAUUUUGGUUCUUGUUCAUAUAAUAAAACUGAAUUGAGAGCUGUGUUGGAGGGAAUAAAGAUUUGCAAACAUUUAAGCCAUACCAGUAUUAAUAUUGAAUGUGAUUCGAAUAUUAUAAUAAAUUGGAUAAGAACCAGUAA